AUGUGGGCGAAAACAACGUAUUGGGCACUAUCAGAGACACCCGAAGACGCCGUCAAACAGGCGCUAAAGCUCGAUGGAUUAACGGAAAGCGCGAUGAAGACCAGCCCAGAUUUCAAGUACUACCAGAAGUUUUUGUACAAGGCCGAAGGAGUGCAGCUGAGGAGCUGGGUGGACGAUAGAGUCCCUCCUCCGACUGUCUGGGUCAAUUUAGGGCUGGAUGGGGUUCCAGCGCCUGAAACAAGCAGAGCCUUCAAGACCUACGUGCGAUAUGUGGAGAAGUAUGACAAGAGAGUCUUUAAAAAUGGGUACGAAGAGUUUUUCCCGAGGACGGCAACUGACAUGGAUAUGCAUCUGAAGGUUUGGGCCAAGACCAACAGACCUGACGCCUAA